AGGUGUCAGGCACGGUCUUUGACUUCGUAUUGUACAGUAUCCAGUGUGGAUGCAGGCACGCGAUACGUGGAAGAAUCGUGGAUCUUGAACCGGAAUCAUAAGUGUGUGGUCCCAUCACAUCACUUCUCGGUACACUCAAAGAAUAGAAGAAGAAGAAAUGUCUUCCUUUCACUAAUUCACUUUCCAUCGGUCGUUUAUUUCGUUGGGGCCGUGUGCGAAGAGCGUGAUCCCAAAGCAUUCUUCAACUGGAUGAGAUGAUAAAUAGUAGCAGCAUAAUUGAGAUGACACAGUUGAAAUAGUAGUAGUGUUUACAUUUCAGCGCGCAUCACUUUCUCUCUCCGAAAUGAAGCAGUCUCUUCUGCUGAGAGGCGAAAGCAGUGACCAGAGUUACCAGUCGCGGGGAAUAUUCCGGCGCUCCGAUGCUAUCGCCUACGGCUCCAACUACGAGAAAGCCGCUGCGUUCAUCGAUCUGGCUGAAGAUGGUGUUGGUCUCCCUGAGGAAAUUCUCGACUCACCAAACUUCCAAAAUUACAUAAGAUUUUAUUUUAUAUUCACUAAAUGCAAUCUAAUCUGGUCUCUUAGUUAUUUUGCUUUGAUAGUCCUGAAUUUCCUGGAGAAGCCUCUAUGGUGUAAAAAGCUUACCACAAAUUCCUGCAACGAUAGAGAGUAUUUCUUUUUGGGACAAUUGCCAUAUCUAACUGAUGCAGAAUGUCUUAUUUAUGAGGGAAUAACUCUUGUUUUGCUAAUCAUACAUACGUUCUUCCCAUUGUCAUACGAAGGAUCCCGCAUAUAUUGGAAAAAUACUAUUAAUCAAUUGAAGGUUUUCUCUCUAUUAGUGCUAGUUGCUGAUGUGAUGCUCUAUGCCCUUUUCUUGUCUCCACUGGCUUUUGAUUUUCUACCUUUUAGAAUUGCACCUUAUAUCAGAGUUGUUCUUUUCGUUCUGAAUAUUAGGGAGCUACGAGAAACCAUCAUUAUCUUGGUUGGGAUGCUUGACACAUACUUAAAUGUCUUGGCUUUGUGGCUUCUGUUUCUUCUUUUUGCUAGCUGGGUGGCGUAUGUGUUUUUUGAGGAUACAAUACAGGGGAAAACAGUAUUCACUUCCUAUGGUACUACAUUGUAUCAGCUGUUUCUUUUAUUUACCACAUCCAAUAAUCCAGAUGUUUGGGUUCCUGCAUACAAGUCUUCACGUUGGUAUUGCCUGUUUUUCAUACUAUUUGUGCUGGUGGGGGUUUACUUUGUUACAAACUUAAUCCUUGCUGUUGUUUAUGACAGUUUCAAGAGUGAGCUCGUAAAACAAGUUUUUGAGAAGGAUUGUUUGAGAAGGAAUGUGUUGGACAAAGCUUUUGAUCUCUUGGAUACGCAUAAAGUUAGUAGUCUCAACAAAAAUCAAUGCAUUAGGCUCUUUGAGGAGCUGAACAAGUACAGGACUUUGCCAAAAAUCUCCAGGGAAGACUUUGAAUUGAUAUUUGAUGAGCUGGAUGAUAGUCAUGAUAUAAAGAUCAACAAGGAUGAAUUUGCGGAUAUUUGCAAUGCCAUUGCUUUAAAAUUUCAGAAGGAAGAUGUUAUGUCUUACUUUGAGUAUUUAUCAUUCUACCAUUCACCCAGCUCAAAGAGAUUAAAAGAAUUCGUGAGGAGUCCUAUGUUUGGAUACCUAGUGUCCUUUGUUCUCGUACUAAAUCUGGUGGCUGUUAUUAUUGAGACAACGCUUGAUAUAGAAAACAAUUCUGCUCAAAAGGUGUGGCAAAUGGUUGAGUUCGUUUUCGGGUGGGUAUAUGUAAUAGAAAUGGUUUUAAAGAUUUAUGCAUAUGGAUUUGAGAACUAUUGGCGGGAUGGUCAAAACCGCUUUGAUUUUAUUGUCACGGUGACAAUUGCCAUUGGAGAAACUGUAACUUUUGCUGUACCUGAUGAUGAUCUUCCUUUCAUCUCAAAUGGAGAAUGGAUUCGUUACCUUCUUCUUGCAAGAAUGUUGAGAUUAAUAAGGAUCCUAAUGUAUGUCAAGCGAUACCGAGCCUUUGUGGCAACUUUAUUGACUCUCAUACCAAGUUUGAUGCCAUACCUAGGGAUCAUAUUUUGUACCUUGUGUAUUUAUUGUUCAAUUGGAGUACAGAUUUUUGGUGGAAUCGUUAAUGCUGGAAACCCCGAAUUGGAAUUAACAGCUCUUGCUGAAAAUGACUAUUUGGUUUUCAAUUUCAAUGAUUACCCGAAUGGAAUUGUGACACUUUUCAAUUUUCUUGUCACGGCAACCUGGGACGAAGUAAUGACAAGCUACAAGGAAUUAACUGGGACUUCUUGGACCUAUUUGUACUUCAUUAGCUUCUACUUAAUUACUGUUUUGCUGCUUUUAAACUUGAUUAUUGCUUUUGUCUUGGAGGCAUUCUUUGCCGAAAUGGAACUUGAGUCAUCAGAAACUUGUGAAGGAAAUGACAAGGAAGUUGAAGGAGAUAAAUAUCGAAAGCGGUCUAUUGGCACAAAAACACGAAGCCAGAGGGUUGAUGCUCUUCUUCAUCAUAUGUUGAGUGCUGAAUUGUGUCAAAAUGAGUCUUCCAGUACACAAACUUCAUAAAAUCAUUUCGCAGAAUGCACGAAGGAUUCCACCUCAUUCUGAUCUUUCAUGUGUUUUAUUUUAUAUCUCGUGUUGGUAUACCGUACGAUAGACCAGAAAGCACGGAACGACAUGGGAAGAAAUGCAAACAUAUAGUAAUUUGCAUUUCCCUUAUUUGUGGAAAAAGCACGUCAUCAAUUCUGUGCUGAAUGGAAUUAUUAAAUCAUAGUGGCAGGAUGCUAUAUUCCACGGGGCUACUAGAUAUCUGCCUAUUUUUUUUAUACAUUUAGUUUUUUUUUUGGGUGCAUUGAUAUCUGUCUUGUUAGUCUGUGUUGUAAUGGCAACUUUUUUUUUUAAUCUGCCAGGGUUUGAUUUUUUUAUUUAUAUACUAUCAAUACAGUUUGGUAGCAGCGCAAAUUGUUUGUAAUUUAUCUUUAGUUCUAUUAGUGUAGCUGUUUGGUACAACCGUUUAAGGACAUGUGAUAUGUGCUUGGAUUUGACUUUAUGCAAUUGAGGACAUGUAGUAACAUAUAUAGUGAGAAAGUAAAUGCUUUAAUUAAAUUAACUACA